AUGGCCGCGCACGACACGCUGGAGGACAUCCAGGCAAAAGGAUUGUGCGACAUCCGAGGUGAAGGCGCCGAGGGUACAUGGAUGGUACCGCCAGGCAAGCCGCCGGGCACAGGGCAGCACAGCGGCCACCCAACGGCUGGACGGCGAGCAGAUGACACGCAUGAGCAGCAGGAGGUGAGGCUCGCCACGCGGGCACUCGUGUACUUGUCGACGAUCAAGGACGCUGGGCCGCGGCGACAGGCGGCGUGGGAGACGGCGACGGGUGCACGACGAGCGCGCGGGCGGACUGAGCAGGACGUGGACGAACGAGAGAUCGCAGGCCGGCGACGGCUGAGGCGUGGAGGAAAUGUGGGGAGCGACCGGCUGGCCGCGUGCAGAGGGGCCGCGCUCCGGCGUGCGGCGCCGUGGGCCACAGCCAGAGAGAGCGGCGCUGGCACAUGCGCGCUGCUGCGGCGUGAUCGUCGCUCCGGGCGACGCCCAGCCAUCUUGGGACUCUCCAGCGCGUCUGCCAGUCCAUCGCCCUCGCCCCGUCCUCGACAGCCCGUCCUGCCUUUCGCCCUCCUCCGGCCCACGCACGGCUGA